CAAGAAAAUGGGAAUACAGAUAAGUUAAAAAUAAAUUCACUCAUAGAAUCUUGGAAGAGUAUGUAUAUUGGUCAAUAUAAAAGAGCAUCCUUUAAAUAGCAGCACUGGUACUGUACUAUUGAGUGAAAAAAAGCAAAGGCACAAAAUAUUUAAGUAUUUUUUUUGUCCAGUCAGCUUAUUUAAAUUGCUGCUACUUAAGAGAACGAUGAACGGUGAAGAGACAAAGAAGGUGGAGAGCGAGAACAUCAAGAGGCACCAUAGACACGAGCUUGUAGAGAAUCAAUGUAGCUCUACACUCGUUAAGCACAUCAAAGCUCCUCUGCAUCUCGUGUGGUCACUUGUGAGGAGAUUCGAUGAACCACAAAAAUACAAACCAUUUAUCAGUAGAUGUGUUGUAGAAGGGAAGAAGCUGGAAAUUGGCACUAUACGAGAAGUGGAUCUUAAAUCUGGAUUACCAGCUACCAAAAGCACUGAGAUAUUGGAGUUUCUUGACGACAAUGAACAUAUUCUCGGCAUUAGGAUCGUUGGUGGUGAUCAUAGACUCAAGAAUUAUUCUUCAACCAUUUCGUUGCAUUCGGAGACGAUACGCGGGAGAAUAGGGACAUUGGUCAUAGAAUCGUUCGUGGUGGAUGUGCCGGAAGGUAACACAAAGGAAGAGACAUGCUUCUUCGUGGAGGCUUUGAUUCAAUGCAAUCUGAAUUCUUUAGCAGAUGUUUCCGAGCGUCUAGAAGCAGAAUCUAUGGAGAGGGUAUGAGUUGAUGACUUAAGAAUCUUUUUAAUUGGAAAUGGAGGAAGAAUACCAAAGAAGAUAAAUAACUCUUCCCUUUCAUAGCAAUGUCUAUGUUUUCUCUUCUUUUAUUUCCAUUUUGUGAAUUUUUGUAUAUUAUUGGAAGUUGGAACUACAUGAUUUCGAAUAGCUGUCAGACGAAAAAAAAAUGAUUCGAAUUUGUAAGUGUUUAUAUAAAAUGCUUUUUCUAUUUUUAAUUAUUUUCACAUAAGAAUAUAAAUAAUAUAUCAUGACAAUUAAAUUAAACAAUCCUGUAUAUUUUUCGUUAGUUUUGAUACUUAAACUAGUGGAGAAAAUGGGCUUUAUAAUAAGGCUCAUCGAUUUAUACAAUCUUCUCUUGUACAUUACAAAUCUACAAAAGAAAGAUAAAAGAGUGGUUAGGAUAGUUUGUUAAUUAGAUUUGGGCACAAAGCUUACAAAACAUAAACAACCUAGAAGAAAAACUAAUACACAAGAUACAUUACCUUCAAAUCUCUAUCUUUGUGGUGCAGUGUUUCGUAAUUGGAGAUCCAUUUGAUGAAGAAGUCAUCUGAAGAUGGCAUCUCCCAAGCAAACUGAACGUGUAAUGCAGUGAAGCCCAAAUAGCCUUGAGUUUGAAUGUGGCUACGAUCUGCAGAUCAAUCUUGUUGUUCUAAAAUUGUUGCUGAAUCUCUGCAUUCUGGAUGCUGAAGUCCGGGAAUUUGGGUCUGAUCACCAGGAUUACAACCAUCGUGAAGAUGAGAAGAAUGACGGCGCUAAAACAAGCCUCGCUACAAACCAAACCCAGGGUUUCGUAGUUGGCUCCGGUAGAAUCAAUAAAAUCUAAGAGAAGGUGUUAAAUUACAAAAAUAAAAGAAAUGAAAAAUAUAUAAAAAAAAUCUCUAGUUAAACAACAUCUUUUAUUUUUCUCUUGCAAAUUACUUCUACAAUCCUAAUUUACUAGAUUAUUACAAAUGUAAAAUUUAUACAGAAAAUGGCAAUAGAGUAAUUAAUGAUGGUUUAUAAAAAUAUUGACAAAAUGAGCAAAAAAUAAACAAAAUAUAAGCAAACAUAAUAAUAUA